AUGGAACCGACAACCAUCGGUGGCAACACCACCUCCAGCCGCCCUCCUUGCCUCGGCCAACCCACCGAUGCCGUCCCCAUGGAAAACAUGACCCAGUCGACGGACAACCGACAAGACCCGGCUCGCCCUGACGUGGACGUGGACGACGACGACGCCGCCGCCGCCGCCGCCGACCGACAACCGCCACCCGAGUCGACGGCGAAUCCUCACCGGAGCUCCCCCCGUCAUUCCGAGCUGCCCGUCAAGGUGGAGACGGACGGACGAUCGCAACCGUCGGUGGCGACCGACGCCUGGGACGAGCCUGUGCCGCCACCGCCGUCCAAGGAGGCGAGCGAUUCCAUGGCCAUCGGCCCGGCCCAAGACGACGUCAGAGCCGUCGCCCCGGGCGGAACCGAUGGCGGCCCCGUCUGCAACAUCACGCUCCUGCUGACGUCGGGCGGCCGUCACCCGUACAAGCUCGACGCCAAAUACCUUGCCAGGAGAAACGUCGUGGUGCCGGACGAGACGGAGAGCGGCCGGCCGGACCCCUUCAGCAUCAGCGUCUACACCUUGAAGGAGCUCAUCUUGCGAGAGUGGCGGAGCGACUGGGAGGCCAAGCCGGCGAGUCCCAGCAGCAUUCGCCUCAUCCACUUCGGAAAACUGUUGGACGACAAGGAGCAGCUCAAGAAAUAUCAGUUCGGCACCGAGAGCCCCAACGUCAUCCACAUGAGCAUUCGCCCUGCCGACCUCGACGACGAAGAGCCAAAGUCCGGCAGCAAGAGUCUCGCCGCCGGUAGCGCCGACGGCCAGCGUGCUGGCGGGGGGAGCCGCUGCUGCGUCAUAUUAUGA